AUGGCGAGAUGGAGAGAUCUGGGUGAUUUUCGCCUACGCUGCGCUUCCGAUCCCCUUACCAGGUUCCGUGGUGAGGAGGAUCAAGGAGGAAGCGAGGAGGAGGCAAGGGGAUCGUUGAAAGAGGACGAGAGAACAAAGAUGCGGUGGCGGCGGUGGUUCGGUGUUAGAAUUAGACGGCACUUCGCGGCUGCGUUUGACGGCAAAAAACCUGUGGCGAUCGACACUCCCCAGCAGCGCCACUCCCCUUCUCUGGUGUCGAUCGUUUAUCCAAUUAGAAUGGGAACAGGAUUUCUAUGGGCAACUGCUGAAGACUUGGCAAAGAACCGAGGAAGGGUACUGUCACUGUACCGUCAAUUAUUGAGAUGCCUUAACUCCCCAGAACUCCCUCUCACCCAUGCCGCUCGCCUUGCUAAAAAAGCAGAGGUCCGCAGCAUCUUCUUGUUUGGUGCCGAGGAGCGUUCCCUCCAUAAUAUUGCUGAGCUCAUUGAUACUGCUAAUUACUCGAUUUCCAUCCUUAAGAAAGGUCGCCUACCAUAGUAUCCAAACGGGCUAUUUAAAACUCCAAACUGUCUACUCGUCAUUUCAUUUUGACUUCAUUUCAUUAUAUGAAAUCAGAAAAUGGACUUGCAUGAUUUUACUUAAAAUUCUACAAUUUUGUUAUACUUA